AUGAGUCUUCAAGAACUUGUUACUUCUAUUUCUCAAAGCCAAACUCAAUUUCAACAAGAGACCAAGAACACCUUUUCCAACAUUCAAGAACAAAUUGGAGACUUGGCCACCGCUUUCAACAAGAUGGAACAAAGGGGUAAACUUCCUUCUCAAACCGAGAAGAACCCCAAUGUGAGUGAAAUAAUCUUGAGAAGUUGGAAAACACUUGGAUCAAGCAACCCUAAAAGAGUUUCAAGAGAAGAAGAUGAUGAGGUUAUUGUUGUUGAACCUUCAAGGGUGGUAGUUCCUCCAAAGGAACUAGCUGUGACAAAUAUUGAGCAACUAGAAUCUUCCAACAAGACCAUCAAGCCAUUGGUCCAAAUCAACCUUCCACUAUUAAAUGUUAUUAAGCAAAUUCCAAGUUAUGUAAAAUUCCUCAAGGAUUUGUGCACCAAGAGGAGAAAAAUCAAGGAAAAUGAAAAGAUUCAAGUCAAUGCAAAUGUGUCUGUGAUCUUGGAGGCUCGAUCUGUGAUGCCAUACUCGGUUUUUCAAUCUCUCAAUGUUGGACCUUUGGAAGAAACCGAAGUAAUCAUUCAAUUAGCGGACAAGUCAAAUUUUUAUGUCAUUGAUCUUGAAGAGAAGGCUCCUUCCAAAUCAUCUAUGACCAUCAUUGGAAGAACGUUCAUGAAUAACGCUCAGACGAUCGUUGAUGUCCAUAAAGGGAAACUUACUAUGGAGUUUGAUGGAGAGAUCAUUCACUUCAACGUCAUUGAAGCAAUGAGGUACCCUAGCAACAUUUCUCCAUUAUACCGGGUUGAUGUGAUUCAGCCAAUAAACGGGAUAAGCCUUAAAGUAUGCACACACAAGAUUCUUAUGGAAGAUUAUUGCAAGGAUAAGAGAGAGGCUCAAAGAAGAUUGAAUCCUCUAAUGACGGAAGUGGUCAAGAAGAAGAUAAUUAAAAGGUUUAAAAGGUGCAAAGAGAAGAAAAAGGCAUUUCAUGACAAGCACAUAACCCAAAAACACUUUAUUCCGGGUCAAAAAGUUCUUUAUUAUUCACGCUUGAAGUUAUUCUUGGGAAAAUUGCGAUCUCGAUGGCAUAGACCUUUCAUUGCUUUAAAAAUGUUUGAUCUUGGUGCGGUUGGACUCAAGAGUUUGGAAACAAAUCAAAUCUUCAAAGUGAAUGGGCACCGUUUGAAACCAUUUUAUAAAAGCUUUGACUCGGGAGAAUUCGACAAUGUAACGUUUGAAACUCUGAUUUAG